CAUCUGCAAAAAGGGGUGAGCGGUCUAAGGCAGGCGGAAGCGGCGGCGCAGGAGUGGGUGUCAGGCCUCCAGCCCCAACUCGGGCCGCGGGGACAGCGAGAACAGCGCCCCCUCGAGCCGGCGCGGCGCGGCUUCCUCGGCGCAGGGCCUUUAAGAAGCUCGGCUGACUCAUCACCAGGGAGGCCUCCGCGGGCCAGGCGCAGCCACCCCAGCGGCGGGAAGGCAGGAACUCCCGGGUGAGCGGCAGCGCGUCCCGGCCCGACACGCCAGCGGACCAAUGAGCUGCCGCCACGUCACAGACUCCACCCCCGCCGCGCGCCGCCCCGGAGCCGCGGCGCGGGCAUCUGGCGUCAUUUCCACCACAGCGAUGGCGGCCCCGGGGGCGGCUGCAGCGGUUGCGGCCGCGACUUCAGGGGUCGCGGGGGAGGGCGAGCCCGGGCCCGGGGAGAAUGCGGCGGUUGAGGGGGCCGCCCCAUCCCCGGGCCGCCUCUCUCCGCCGACCCCGGCGCGCGGCGAGCCGGAAGUCACCGUGGAGAUCGGAGAGACUUACCUGUGCCGGCGGCCGGACAGCACCUGGCAUUCUGCUGAAGUGAUCCAGUCUCGAGUGAAUGACCAGGAGGGCCGAGAGGAAUUCUAUGUGCACUAUGUGGGCUUUAACCGGCGGCUAGACGAAUGGGUAGACAAGAACCGGCUGGCACUGACCAAGACCGUGAAGGAUGCCGUGCAGAAGAACUCGGAGAAGUACCUGAGCGAGCUGGCCGAGCAGCCUGAACGCAAGAUCACUCGAAACCAAAAGCGCAAGCAUGAUGAGAUCAACCAUGUACAGAAGACCUAUGCAGAGAUGGACCCUACAACAGCAGCUUUGGAGAAAGAGCACGAGGCGAUCACCAAGGUGAAGUAUGUGGACAAGAUCCACAUCGGGAACUACGAAAUCGAUGCCUGGUACUUCUCACCGUUCCCCGAAGACUAUGGGAAGCAGCCCAAGCUCUGGCUCUGCGAGUACUGCCUCAAGUACAUGAAGUAUGAGAAGAGCUACCGCUUCCACCUGGGCCAGUGUCAGUGGCGGCAGCCCCCCGGAAAGGAGAUCUACCGCAAGAGCAACAUCUCUGUGUACGAGGUGGAUGGCAAAGACCACAAGAUUUACUGUCAGAACCUGUGUCUUCUGGCCAAGCUUUUCCUGGACCACAAAACAUUGUACUUCGACGUGGAGCCCUUCGUCUUUUAUAUCUUGACUGAGGUGGACAGGCAGGGGGCCCACAUUGUCGGCUACUUCUCAAAGAGUCCUGACCUCGCCCCUGCAGGAGAAGGAGUCUCCAGAUGGAAACAAUGUGGCCUGCAUCCUGACCCUGCCUCCCUACCAGCGCCGCGGCUACGGAAAGUUCCUCAUUGCUUUCAGACCUUCUGUCUCCCCCUGCCAGGUUAUGAGCUAUCCAAGCUAGAGAGCACAGUAGGCUCCCCUGAGAAGCCACUGUCCGACCUGGGCAAGCUCAGCUACCGCAGCUACUGGUCUUGGGUCCUGCUGGAGAUUCUGCGAGACUUCCGUGGCACACUGUCCAUCAAGGACCUGAGACCCCACAAGGGACCUCUCCCAGCAUCUGCUCCACUCCCUUUCUGCAGCCAGAUGACCAGCAUCACUCAGAAUGACAUCAUCAGCACCUUACAGUCCCUCAACAUGGUCAAGUACUGGAAAGGCCAGCAUGUCAUCUGUGUCACACCCAAGCUAGUAGAGGAGCACCUCAAAAGUGCUCAGUAUAAGAAACCACCCAUAACAGGAUCAAGUCUGCCCUUGUUCUCACCUGGCGAAACCUGGCCUAGGCCCAGAGGCCCAACCCUGCCUCUCCUGUCUCUUCUCCCCACAGUGGACUCUCUUUGCCUCAAGUGGGCGCCCCCCAAGCACAAGCAAGUCAAACUUUCCAAGAAGUGAGUGGCGGUGCCCCUGCUGCUGGACCUGUGCCUCCUUCCCCCACCUGUAAAUAUGUACAGCCUGUUUCAUCAUUUUUUAAAUAAAGUAAGUUCUGCCGGUGGCUCUGGACUUUGGAGGCGGGAAGAAAAGGCCAACAGCUGAUGUUCUUCAUGGCAUGUCACACACACAGCCAAUUUCAUUGAUAACCCUAGACCCAAUCCAAGAACCCCAACCUCUUAUCUAAACUGAUCCCUGAACUUUGACCUCCAGACUACUUUUGGCAUCCCCACCUUGCCCAACCCAGUUGGUACCUUGGAAAGCAGUGGGCAGCCGACAGUACCCACUGCUCAGACACGAGAGAACCGCCACACACGACUUUGCCUCCUAUCCAAUCCAGCCCUUAUAAGUCUGAAGACCUUUAUAAACGAGAAAUCUGGCCAGGUGACACCCCCUUAAAUCCUUCCCUGGUUUCACACUGCCCUUAAGAUAAAUCCCAGACCUCCCAUGACAGUGCCAUCCACCUGGACACUUCCUGUCAUAGUCUUGGAAGCACUUAUUCACCUAUGGAACUUCGCUCUUCAAGGUCACUACCUAGAAUUCCUUUCCUCAGCCCUACUUUGCUCGGCAAAUUUCCAUUUGCCUAUGGCAGCCCCUCCUUGGCCUGCCCUGACCUGCUGCCUGAGUCAGGCCGUGCACAGAGCUCCCAGGGCUGCUUCCCUGAUACUGCCUCGUCACCACUGCUCCCUGUGCUCCACCACACAACCCGGCACUCCCACGGCCCCAGUGCCCAAAGAUGGAGCUGUGGAUGCGGCUAGUGAACAAAGGAACAGAACAACUGGGCUCCCACAGCCUGAAGGCCACCCUACCCUCACUGAGGCUAGCAGUUUGGAACAAGACCCAGCUGCCCUUCACAAAGUCACCUUCCCAGGAGCAGAGAAAACUGCCCAGCCAGGCUCCUCCUCUCGUAAUAAUGACAAUAGCUGCUAUUUAGGAACUUUAAACUACGUGAGGCCCCGAAGGGGCUUUCACUUCCUUUAUCUUCAGGACUGCUCACACAGCCCCAGGAGAUAAACUCAAUCAGCUUCAUUUAGAGGUGAGCUGUGAGCCAAGCACACAGCAGUAAGUGGUGAGGGGGGCUCAGAGCUGGUGACCUGCCUUUGACGGAAGGAGACCUUUGGCUUGUUUCCACAAAACAACUCCGGCUCUUACAGGCUGUGCCACUCACUGGCUGUGCGCCUUCGGGCACAUCACUUCUCUGCACUUCGGUUUCUUUAUCUGUAGAACUCAGGCUACCAUCCCCGUCUCACAGAGCUAUUGUGGGACUUAAGACAUUACGGUGCGUGAGACAGCCUGGCAGAGAGAGGUCAGGCACUCAUUAAACACGCCAUGGGAAUCUGA